GUUAGCUUUCUUUCAACGCUCCUUGAUCGGCCGUUAUUUUUCGAGUUUGUAUUUGUAACCGAGAUUUGUGCUGUGUUUUUAGUAAAAUUUGUUAUUUAUGUUUAAUUUGUGUAACUUAUUCCUAUUUUCAUGAAACAAAAGCUAUUGUGUUGCAAUAUGAGUUCAGAAAACUCGGAUUCCGGCCCAAGCGUCACCCUUUCAUUGGUGGCUCAAUUUGAUGAUAUCAAUCGUUUGAAUAAUGUUCUCAACGACGGGUAUUCGGAAGAAUGUUUCCUAGCAUUUGUGAAGCAGAUGGAAUGGGUGCGGGGUCAGUGGGCGGCAGCGGAGGCAGAGUCCGCCCGGCUGCAAACGGAGCUGGACGAGGCUCUCCGCACACUCUCCAAGUGGGAGGCCAAGUUCGCUCACGUCAGGAAACUGCUGGACGGGGAGAAGCGGGAGCGGAAUGUAGUGUUGAAAAAGUAUAAUGAGUUGAGAAAACUCCUGGACACAGCGCGGGACCUGCUGUUCAAUGACAACCGAGCUAAACUUAACGAUGAAACCCUGCAGAAGUUAGCCUUCCUCAACGGGAACGGCCAGCAUGAUCACAACGCUAAGCUUAGUGAAGUUCCAGAGCUUAAUUCAACAGGUACAUUGCUCUCCGAGAUGUCCUACUCCCGUUCUGAGGACGACCUGGACCUGUCUCUGGCGUCGACGCGGCGCUCGUGGGUGCAGCGCGGCGGCUGGAGCGCGCGGGAGAGCGCCCCGGCUAAUAAGAAGAGACGGUCUUCUACUUCCUCUGCUACUAAGCAAGUGGAGCUGCAGGGCGGCAAGGUGCUGGCCACCGCCACCACCACGCUCACGCUGGAGCGGCAGCCCACCGCGCACGACCUCAAGCCGCCCACCAACUUCCAACCGAUAUCGGAGAGCAGCGACGAGUGCCCGCCGCGCGCGUCCGUGAAGCGCGAGCGCCGCGCCAGCGGGAAGGAGUUCGCCGCCGCCACGCCCACCGCGCCGCCCAGAUCUGAUACAGACACGGGUUCGGACCAGACCCCGCGCGCCGCCACGUGCCAGCGCACGCCGUCGCUCCUCGCCGCCUCGUACGGACACUCCCCGCGCGCGAGGCACAGACAACACAACUUUAUAGCCAAGAACUUUUAUAAACGGGAGACGUGCGGGCCUUGUGGGAAGACUAUAAAGUUCGCGAAGAUGGGCGUGAAGUGCGAGACGUGCCGCGCGCAGACGCACCCCGAGUGCCGGCCGCUGCUGCCGCUGCCCUGCGUGCCGCCCGGGCCCGCCGCCGCCAGGAACAACCAAGACGGCGGCAGUAUCGCGGACUUCGCGCCGUCCACGCCGCCGAUGGUGCCUGCUCUACUCGUGCACUGCAUCAACGAGGUGGAGAAGCGAGGGCUGACCGAGCGAGGGAUAUACAGGAUCAGCGCCGUGGAGAAGGAUGUUAAGCGAUUGAAGGAGCGUUUCCUGCGCGGCUGCGGCUCGCCCCAGCUGUCGACGGAGGACGUGCACGUGCUGUGCGGCUGCAUCAAGGACUUCCUGCGCUGCCUGCGCGAGCCGCUCGUCAGCCACGCGCUGUGGGCCGACUUCAUGCAUACUGCGACAAUAAGCGACCCGAGCGACGCGACGGCGGCCGUGGUGCAGGCGGUGAGCCAGCUGCCGCCGCCCAACCGCGACACGCUGGCGCUGCUCAUGCUGCAUCUGCACAAGGUGGCGGAGAGCCCCGAGUGCGAGAUGGGCAUCGACAACCUGGCGAAGAUUUUCGGGCCCACCAUCCUCGGCUUCGGCCUCAUGACGCAGGCCGCCGAGAUGUACAACGCCACCGCGCAGAUGUUCAGUGUGAUGCAGCUGCUGCUCCGGCUGCCCGAGGACUACUGGGCGCAGUGGGCGUGCCCCGGCGACGCCUCGCCCCAGCGCCUCUCGCACAAGCCCAGGGGGUUCUUCUUCUCUCCAGCCGAUACUGGGGUAUCCAGAAAGAAACGGAACUAUUUCCAAUGAUGACACUAACAUAGUUAAUCUUAAAAAGAGGAGGUAAAUUUAGUUUUUCAGUUUGUUCGUGUAAGUGAACUGUUUUGUUAACCAUUUUUUGUAUAUUUAUUACUUUGUAAUCCUUGGACUAAAAAUUAUGAUAAUUUAGUUAAGUUCAUAGUUAUUAAGUAUUUUUGCUACCGGCAAUAAACAUUAGCAUAAACAAAACAUGAUAAUAUUAUUUGAACUGAAGUGUUGAAAGAUAGAUUUUCUAUGCAGAUUUUGUCAGUUAAUUCCAUGCAUUCUCCUGGUGGCUGGGUAGUCCGAUAAGAACAUUAUUUCAUAUUAUUAUGCCUUUAUUACUAUUAGUAACUUAACAUAACAUUUUCUAAUUUCACUUGUACUUACCCUAUUUUAAUUUUGAUAGCUAACUCAGUCUCAGAUAAGCCCCUAAAAAGAGUCAAAUUCGUCUGUAUAAACUAUCACAACUUAAACGAAGGGUACAACUAAAGUUCAGUCAACUAGCUGCAGCUAUCUAUGUUAAGCACCUUAUAUCCUAAAGUCAACUGUAACUACACUUAAUAAGGUGGCAAAAUGUACAAAUUACUAUAGUUAAAUAAUCGCAAGUUUCUUCCGUUGCCCACGCGAGACGUCACAGCGCCGCCUAACCUUGUCCUGUUUUUUUAUGUAUAUAAACAUGUAUGUAAAGUAUGUAUAUUGAAUAUACACGCUCCAGCAACGAUCGUAGGCAAAAUAUAAAAUAAAUAAGUAACGUUAGGAAUGAAUUAUGAGCCAAGAUUUUACAACAGACUUGGAGUUAGAAUUACUUUUUUAAUAUUAGAUUUAGAUUGUUUCCUCUUUCUUACUAAUAUUUGUGAGACACUAAGUAUUUGCUCACUCUAUUUUAUUUAGAUCGUUGCGCACUAGAUA